AAAAAUUAAGCAGUAUUUUAGCCACACAGGAGAAACUAAGAGCUAGAGGCACGUUUAAGUGAAAAUGAACAAUGUUGGAAGGUGUGGGAUGCAAUAUUUAUAUUCUAUUACAUCACUAUACCACAAAAAUUCUUGAUCCUGUUGAGCCUCCAAGCACAAUCAUGUACCAAGGAAGGACAGAAAUAAAAUAAAUUACAUACAUUUAGGCCCAAUUUAAUUAAAGUUUAAGACAUGAUAUGUAUUGAACAUACAUUGUUUUCUUUAUUUGAUAACGUUUUACUGGUAUUAAAUAUAUUGAUGUGACUGUUACAAUACUGGCAUAUGUGUAAAUCUUAAAGAAUUUGUAAUGAUUUCAUUGAUUUGAUGAAUUCUAUUUAUAAAAUGUCAAACAAAAUGUUAAAGCUACAACCUUAUGGUAAUGUUUAUUCAUUUCGGUUGAUCGUAUUUAUAACAAUUUACUCGUUCUAAACCAAUAUUUGAAAUACUCUUGUAAAAUUAAUGAUAAUCUAAUACUGCCCUUAAUGCUUAUUAAAAUAAAUUGUGAAUUCAUUUUUGAUACAAAUUCGGACUUUCACGUACCAUAUUCCUGAUGUUAAUAAGGAUGGUUUACUUAGCAUGUGUUUUCCUUGCUGGAGUCGUUGAAGCAGCGCACUUUGCUUUUUUCCCAUUCUACACAAGUACUGAGACGGAUCGUUCCUAUUCGAGUCAUAUCAUUUUGAAUGUGACGGUCAAGAACGAAACAGAAUGGACUCUGAAAAAUGGGUUAGGAGCAGAGAUGGUUAAGGCUAACACAUCUACGUAUAAAGGACUCAUUGUCUACCCGACCUACGGCUAUUAUCUUUCCUCGAAUUUCGACCACAGCCUAGAUGUGAGUAUCACAACUUAUGUCAAAACCAACACUUCGGAAUACAGCAGUUUUUAUCGCGUGCAACCACGGCCGAUGUUAGGACAAAACUACACAAUUAGUAUGGUAUCCGACAGCAGUAGUGAAUAUGAGUGUGCAAUUCUUGCUCCAAUCGACCAACAAUUACAUAUAAUCGUCACUCUGCCGCCAGAUUUACUAUACAAAGUACUGCUGUACGAUGAAACGUUAAAAGAGACUCAAACCAACUAUACUGUUCCUAAGGGUAAGGCUGUUAAACUUCAAAGUCGUUUUCCAAUUAACGGGGUCAUCAUUAUGUCUGAGACCGCAAAGUUUUCAGUAUUUUGUGCUGAGAGAAAUAUGAGAUAUCAGCUUUUACCCAACCGUUACUGUGGAAAAAAAUUCAAUGCAUUAUGCCCAAACAAUAACUACUUUUCUUACUGUAAUGUUUCGCUAACUUCUGUAAUAGAUAAUACUAUACUAUUUCGUACCAACUCAACUGGACAAAGAAGUCAAAUGCUUUAUAAAGGACAUUUUAUUUCAUUUCGACUCGACCCAGGGAUGGAUAUGGCGUUGAGAACUACAAAUGAAGUAUGCGUCCUGAUAUCAAAGUUUCGCGAUCUCUUUGUGAAUAACACAAUUUUAAAAAGCCAUGUGGAAAUGAUUUUCUCACAGGAUAAUCCUCCAACAAAACCUUCUGCACUGACCACUACACAAAAACUAGAACCAACCAAAGUUUCAACUUUAAUGAACAAGAAUAGCCAAACUAUAACCACAGCAGGUGCGUUACAUAGUUUUCCAUUGCAAUUUUCUUCUACAUUAUAUUCAAGAGUCUUAUCAAAUAGAAAAACGUCAAUUUUCAAUGUUUACAAAACCUCACAACAAAAUAAUUUUAGUCAAAGUACAGGAAAACAAUUAAUAUUCAAAACAAUACCAGAUUCAACAAAAGAAAAGAAAUCAACUUCACUUGACCGAACAACUAAUUUUGCGCAUAUAUUUUUAAAAUCUUCGCCUUUAACAAAUCAGGCUACAGUCCUGAGUUCGCUAUACCCGCUAACAACAACGAAGAAACUAAAACUGCUUAAUUCAACAAGCAGAAAAUCUUCCCUCCAAACAAAGGAAAAUCAAAUUUCGACCACCUCGUCCGUUAUAGUUCCUAUUUCCAAAUUGCUAAUGCAAGGCAAUACCAUAUCAAUGAAGGAAGGUUGCGUUUGUUCAGAUACUGAAUACUGCGCCGAAUUCCGCCAGGACAUCGUGUCCCAGGCGGAAGUGACAUCCAAACUUAAUCACCUACGGUCGACAUUGUCUGUAAACAAGUCUUCUCUCACUUCCUUUGUCCGACAGAAAACUUGUGCCGUUGACGAGCGUACGUCGGCGAGAAAUAUAGGCUAUGUCGGCGUGCUCGUAAUCUUGAUGUGUUCGAUGUUAAUCAUCUCGUGUGAUUUGAUCACCUUAUUUCAGUUAGUUAGAAAAGUUUAAAAGACGUUUCUGACUUUUACGAAUAUGUGAAAAUAAUUACUGGAACAAAUGACGAAGAUAUCAACAAGGUCAGAGGAACAAGAUUCUUAUCAAUGAUGGUAGAGGUGAAAUCUAUGUGCCGCCAUGUUUUAACAUGUAUAUAUGUUGUAACAUUUACAUGUAUCUAUUUCAUGGAGUAUGUACAAGAAAUCGAUAAAGUUGUAUUUUGAAAUAGUAAAAAAAAUUGUUUCAUUUUCAGAAUAAACUCAAAUUUGUAAUUGCAGUGUUUGAUUUUUCUGAUCGUGAUGGUACAUAAGUUAUGUAACGCGCUUUAGAUACAAAUGUAAUAUUGAAGAGCAUAAGGCAAGAGGCCUAUGUGCCACAUCGCUCACCUGAAAAAAAAGUUCUUUUAUCUAAAUAUAUACUAAAAUAUUGAAAACUCACAAGAUAUUCUCUUAUGUCUUAAGAUUUGACAAUGCAGAAAAACAGUAUUAAAAAUCGUGCCUACAUUUUUUAACAUUAUAAGAUGCAUCAACUGAAUAAUCUUAUUAUCCUUGACCUCAAUAUUUGAAACUCUCUUGGGCCCCAGUAUUUCCGGGGUCACAAUAUAAAUUAUCAUAGAUAACUAUGCUUGCAUCGCAGUUCUUGAAAAGAGGAGUUUUAAACGUUUUCUCUAUAUAUUUCUGUGUUUGCAUUAAACCCCCAUUUGGCCUCAGCAUUGGUCUACGGGUCAUUAUUUAAACAAUUUAUAAUCUACAUUAUAUGAGGAUACGUGCAUAGUAAUCUUACAAAUUGAAGCAUCAUUAAAGUUCUUGAGAAGAAGAGUUUUAUAACAUAUUCCCUCUUAGGGCCCAUUUGGUCCGGAGUCCGGGAUUGAUGGUUUUUACAAAUUAGGAUGUACACUAUCUGAGGAUUUUUUCAUAGUACACUGUACAUGCAAUCUCAUAAAUUGUAGAUCUUUAUUUAUUGCUAGUAUGUUGAAUCCUCCUUGGGGCUCUAGCAUUAGUUCAGGGGUCAUGGUAUUAACAAUAUAGAACCUUCACUACACAUUCAAGCGUUAGUAUAAAUAUUGGAAUUUUGGUGCAGUGGUUCUUAAAAAGAAUUUUUUAUACGCAUGCCUUUUUUCACUGUUUCGUACUUCUCCGCAUUUUUAUAGGGCUUUCGCUUUUUCUCAUAAGGUUUCUUUGUUCCAAAUAAGCAAAACUUGGCCCAUUUGGUCUAAGAGAAGAAAUCAGAAAUCUGAAAGAGUUUGCACAGGGACGAACGAACGCCGAAUAACAUAUCAGAAAAGAUCACGUGGACAUUCAGGUGAGCUAAAAUAGAAAGAUGCAGCACACAACAAACCUUAGGCCUACAUUUUACUGACGAUAUUGUUAUAAAAAUGUACUUACGACAAAAUAUUAAACAGAAUUUUUUUUUAAAGGUUUAAAGUGCUGAUUAUUAUUUAUAUCAUAAUAAAAUGUUUAAUGGUAACGCAUUGUAAAAGACAACCUAAGGAUGCAUAGAUGUCCCCCAUGGUGAACAUUUAGCACUGAACACUGCUGAAAUG